UUAUUAGAAAAAACUCCUAAAAAUUGUGGGCAUGAGCCAUGAUGACGGGCUCUUGAGACUUUCAAUGAACAGCUCAUCGUUUUCAUAUUUUCAGAGACGAAAAUGCCCUUUCCCCCGGUUAGAAAAAUCAUGUUUGUUAAAAAACCCGCCAGAAUUAGUCCUUGCGUGGUCUGAAAGACUGCCCUCUAGAGUAGCGCCAUUGAAAUUCACAUGAAAUUGUCUUAUUUCGAAGAUGGAUAGAGAAACCCUAGCUUCAUCAUUCAACCCGCCAGAAGAAGAUGCUUGGCGCACUACCUACAAUAAUUUACUUCCUCGAUGGCAGUCACUUGCUUCAUCUCAUCAGUCUGCUAUUCCAAUUUCAAUAUCAAGAGUUAAUCAGGUAGAUGCAGGAAGAUUGGACAUUGAAAUGUCGGCCAUGCUAAAGGAACAGUUGGUUAAGGUCUUCUCUUUGAUGAAGCCAGGAAUGCUAUUUCAAUAUGAGCCAGAACUUGAUGCUUUCUUGGAGUUCCUUAUCUGGCGGUUUUCUAUCUGGGUUGAUAAGCCUACACCGGGUAAUGCGUUAAUGAAUCUGAGAUAUAGAGAUGAACGAGUGGUUGAAGUGAGAGAAAAAGUUCGAACAGGAUUGGAGGGACCUGGACUUACUGUUGCUCAGAGGAUAUGGUACUGUGUCGCUACUGUUGGUGGUCAAUAUAUGUGGGCUCGUCUUCAAUCAUUUUCUGCUUUCCGGAGAUGGGGCGACUCUGAGCAGAGGUCUGUGGCACGCCGAGCAUGGUUGUUAAUACAACGCAUGGAGGGGAUCUAUAAAGCAGCAUCUUUCAGCAAUCUACUUCUCUUUCUUUACACAGGAAGGUAUAGGAAUCUCAUUGAAAGAGCUUUAAGAGCCAGACUUGUUUAUGGGAGGCCAAAUAUGAACAGAGCCGUGAGCUUCGAGUACAUGAACCGCCAAUUGGUGUGGAAUGAAUUCUCGGAAUUGCUGCUCUUGCUUCUUCCCCUUCUCAAUUCAUCAUCCGUCAAGAAUAUUCUUCAUCCAUUCUCAAAGGACAAAUCUUCAGAUUCUACAGUGGAUGACACUGUGUGCCCAAUCUGCCAAGGAAAGCCAACAAUUCCAUUUUUAGCUGUACCUUGUCAGCACAGCUACUGUUACUACUGUCUUCAAACACGGUGCUCCGCUGCUCCGUCUUUUCGUUGCCCCCGAUGUGGCGAACCGAUUGCUGCUAUGCAACGACAUGGUGGUUCGGUCAACAACAUAAGUCAGAAACAAUAAUUCAUGUGAAAGGUGAAAUGAAAUGACGGGAAAGGCAAGCUUCAGUCAAACUAUGGUUCAAAAGUUGCCCAUAGAUAACAUAGAAAUUGAACUAGGAAUUGAGAUUCCUUGAUAAAGCAAUUUGUUCUGCUUUAUUGAGUGCAUUCAUUUGUUAAAGUUUAUUGUCUUUUUUAAUGUAGCCUUUCUUUCCUAUAAUCCAUUUAUGUAUAUGUCUAUCUUAAAGAUUCUCUUAAAUGUUUGAUCAUCACAGGUCACAAUUGAUUUCAAUUAUUUAUCAGAUGGCCCAGCCCUCUUAAGCUUUGUUCAGGAUAACUUUGUAGUUAAAAGAACUCGGUGAAAAAGAAAAGUAGGAACAAUCCUUCAUUUCCUUAACAGUUUCAAAUUGCAAGCCAGUGUGCUCUGUGUUAUUGAAUCUGCAUGUAAAGUUGCCAAGUGAUGUGCAGAUAAUACUUUUAAGC